GCCAGAAAGCCAGAGCCCUUGGACUGUUUGUUUUUUUUUCCUUUUUGUCGAGACCUCGUCGCCUCUGCUUGUCCAGCCGAUUCAAACUUGUCUGUUUCAUUUCGUGGCGUGUGUCUGCAUCCCCAAACUCACUGCCCGCGCUCGUCGACAUAGGCUCGUCAUUGGCAUCUUUAUACUGUCUUUAUAUCCUGUUUUGGAUUAGCUCGACGCAUCCGUCCUAUCCAAGUUGGUCCUGUGGGCGCCAAAGGUCUUGGUAUUUCUAACCUCGGCAGAACCGCGGAUAAACUCCUGGUCACAGCCAAGACAAAGGAGCCCGGGAAAACUCUACGUCCGACUGCAUCUGUCCAUCAGCCAGUCAGCCAGUCAGUCACUUUCAAGACCACGUGACGUGACGGGCAUCUCCAUCUCUUGGCAUCGGUUCUCGGCCCCCAAGGCAAAACCAAAAAAACAGAGGCUUGUCCAAAACCCGGCCGCCAUGUCUGCAGCCCCUGAGAGUAAUCCCGUCCCGUCUGGCGGCGAGAGCUCCACCUCCAACGAUGGUACCACACCGGCUUCUUCCACAUCAACCGCCGCCACUUCGCAAGCCAGUGCUCCCGCUGCAGAUGACUCCCUCACCUGCAAAUGGUCCAACUGUAGCGAGAAAUUCACAUCAGCCGAAAGUCUAUAUGAACACAUUUGCGAAAAGCAUGUUGGACGGAAAAGCACCAACAAUCUAAACCUACAGUGUCAAUGGGCACAAUGCCGUAUCACAACUGUUAAGCGUGACCACAUCACCUCACAUAUUAGAGUUCAUGUGCCUUUGAAACCUCAUAAAUGUGACUUUUGCGGCAAGUCCUUCAAGCGUCCCCAGGAUUUGAAGAAGCAUGUCAAGACCCAUGCCGAUGAUUCUGUCCUGGUCCGAUCCCCAGACCAACAUGGCGGCAUGAAUGGCACUUAUAGAGCCGCAGGCAAAGCACCUUCUAGCUACUAUGAUCACAAUGGCCAGAUGCGUACUAACUCGGCCGCCUUUGGUCAGCCGCCCCAUCCCGCCAGUCAUACUAGCAGCUACUACGGUCAUCAUCAUGCUCCUCCCUCAUUUGGCGGAGCUCCCAUGUACUAUCAGCCCGUGGAUGGCCGUGGUGGUCAUAUGGGAUACCAGGCUGCUGCCGGCUAUGACGGCCGCGGCAAGCGUUCUUACGAAGCCAUGCACGAAUUUUUCAGCAAUACAAAGCGCCGCCAACUCGACCCAACAUCUUACCAUGAAGUCAGCCAGAGGCUUGUCCCUCUUCACGGUGCGCUACCUAUUCACGCUCACUCUCUUGGUGCAGAAUACCUCCCUGCUCCUGCUGUUGUUUCCGUCGAUGGUCAUGGUGGCCACGCACCUUAUCAACACUAUGCCCUACCUCCUAUGCCGGAACUACGCACCAAGAACGAGUUGGUUCGCAUGGAUCAGAUGCUUGAGCAGAUGCAGAGCACAAUCUACGAGAGCGCUCAGCCUCCUUACAUACCCAUCAACAUGCGGCACAGCCACUCACCGCCGCACUCAGCCCAGGGUCAGUCUGGCAUGGGAGCCCACCCUUACUCGGGCGCUCAUGUUGCUUCACCUCUGACAGCCGUUUCGUCCACACACUCUACGGGCACUCCGGCAGCUACACCACCUUCGAGUUCCGUGUCGUACACAUCUGGCCACUCUCCUGCCGCGUCCUCGGCCGGAUUCUCUCCAUCAUCGCGACACAGCUCAACAGCAUCGGGACUCUACCCAACACUUCCCGCUGUGACUUCAGGUUACCCCGGUCAAUCUGCUACAUCAACUCUUGGACCUAGUUUCGAAGCGGACCCUCGCCGUCGUUACUCAGGAAGCAUGCUGCAACGUGCCAACGCUGGUCCACGGCCGACGAGCAUUGACCGUGAACGUGAAGGCUCGCGCACUCCCAAGGGUCCAGAGUCAGCAAUCUCUGCCGUCAGCUCACCCUCUGCCGAGUCUGAACGUAGCUCGGAGGCUCGUGAGCGUGAGGAGCAAAACUACGAGAUCUGGCUGGAGAACGUCCGCACGAUUGAAUUCCUCAGGGAGUACGUCAACGAUCGUCUUCGUCGCAAGGACUUUGAGGCAGGCAGCCCUGGCUCAAACUCCUCGAUGGAAGUUGAUUCGCCUGUUCGGCCACCUUCUCAGCCGGCAUACCCAGCACUCCCCAUGUAAAAAAGAGCCUGCUUGCUGGAAGUAUGAGUUGUAAGCAUGAAAGUGAUUUAUGUAUAGCAUUCGUCUGUGUUGGUAUGUAUCUGCUACAUUUUAACCCUUCGUGUCAAGGGCUUGCAUGGGAUGAGGAUGAACAAGGAUGACGUUGAUGAUGAUUAGGCUUGAAUAUAUGGAUUUCUCAAAGCGAGGUUUUGAGCUUUUCAUACCUCGAAACGGAUGGUUUUUUAUUUUUUAGUAGUAAAAUGUCGAAACACAAACAAAGUGAAGAACAAUUCAUUUCUGAUUUUCGGAGUUAUAUAGGUAGCGAUCUCUUCUCUGGUACUUGUGAUAUCAUAACAUAUCUCAUUGAGAGAACCAAUACAUAUCCAUUUAUUCACAGGAUGGGAACAAUAUUUACAUAUUUUUUAUGAUUUAAGUAAGGCU